GAGACGCGACGGAUAAAAGGCUACGGACGGAGCCGCGCUGACGUAGGAGGCGACGUCAGUAACGUCCUCCUUGACUGACUGGCGACGUCGCAGCCAUGGAGGAAGUGAGAGUGUUUCCCCUGACCUGUGCCGUGCAGAACUAUGCAUGGGGAAAGGUGGGGCUGGACAGCGAGGUGGCCAAACUGGUGGUUGGCGGAGACCCCCUGGCAGUGAUCGAGGGGGAUAAACCCUAUGCAGAGCUGUGGAUGGGCGCCCAUCCCAAAGGCGAUGCCCAGAUUAAGGACAACAGGAUCCCACAGACCACCCUGGGCCAGUGGAUCGCCCACUACCCCGCCUGCCUGGGCUCCAAGGUGAAAGACGCCUUUCAGGGUCAGCUGCCGUUCCUCUUCAAGGUCCUGUCGGUCAAUACGGCUUUGUCCAUACAGGCCCACCCCAACAAGGAGCUAGCUGCCACUCUACAUGCUCAGUUUCCAGAACACUAUCCAGACAACAACCACAAACCAGAAAUGGCAAUCGCUGUCACGCGCUUCCAGGGACUCUGCGGCUUCAGGCCAGUGGAGGAGAUCCUGGGCUUCCUUCAAGCUGUUCCUGAGUUCCACGCUCUGGUUGGCCGCGACGCAGCAGAGGAACUACGGAGCAGCGUCGGGGAUGAGGUUCGGACCAGCCAGGCCCUGAAGAAGUGCUUCUCCAAGAUGAUGAGCUGCGAAAAGAAAGUGUUUGUGGAUGAGCUGAACGAGCUGGUUAAAAGGAUCACGGAGGAAGGUGCAGCAGGAAAGGAUACAUCCAGCAGCAACGGGGAUCUGCUGCUCCGCCUCCACUCCCAGUACCCCGGAGACAUCGGCUGCUUCUCCAUAUACUUCCUGAACUAUGUGGUCCUGGAGCCGGGCCAGGCCAUGUUCCUGGGAGCCAACGAGCCUCACGCCUACAUCUACGGAGACUGCAUCGAGUGCAUGGCCUGCUCAGACAACACAGUCAGAGCCGGACUGACGCGCAAAUACAUCGACGUGAACACGCUGUGUGAGAUGUUGAACUACAAGCCCGCGUCGGCCUCCUCCAAAAUCUUCCCGUGCGUCCAGGACCCCGCGGACCCGUGCGUAACCCUGUACGACCCCCCGGUGCCAGACUUCACCGUCAUGAAGAUCCAGGUCCCGGCCUCGGUCAAGGACUACACCGUUGCUUCAGUGGACAGCGCCAGCAUCCUGCUGGUCAUCGAAGGCGACGCCACCGCAGCCUCCGCUGCCGCGUUCUCCGACGUCACCAUGAGACGGGGGAGCGUCCUCUUCGUCUCGGCCAACGAGAGCGUGUCUCUGCACGUCAGCUCACCGUCGGGGAUGACGCUGUUCCGAGCCUGCAGCCUCCUGUAGCCGCCGCCAAGCGCAUAACGCUGCCCGUGUCUCUCUGCUCUGACAUAGGCAGUCCCUCAGUCCCGUUACUGAUGUGCACUUCUUAGUAGGUGUUAUUAAAAAUUUAAAGAGGUUUUUUUUUUUCUGAUGCAGUUUUUGUAACGGUAUCUAUCUACGGCAUUGUUUUUUUUAACCUUAAACACCCAGCAGAAUACUUUGAGGAUCCUGCCAGUGUUUCUUACAAAUCCAGGAUCCUCCUGCAGGGGAAUAAACAGUUUUAACCCUUUCUUUGACUCUAAUAGUGCCAAUGCAGCUUUUAAUUAACAGGCUGUCUGUCUGUAACGGUGCAGGACGUUUAACUCAUUAGAUAAAGUCACCUAUGGGGGAAAAAAUGCACCAUUUAAAGAUUUAAAUAAAGUAAUCAUUAUGAGAGAUUUUUUUAAAUGUUUCCAAAGCUCCUUUAGUUGCUGUUUUGGAGCUUAAUAUAAACUAUGGAAACAUUAGAAAUUCGUGUCAAUCACGGCCCCUGAUCCGCUCCUUGCUGUGAUUAAAAGCUCCAGAAGAGCCUCUCCUUCUAAA